AUGUCUGAUUUGCAAGAGCCCGGUUUUGCGGCUUCUGAUAUCAUUGUCGGGCUCGGCAGCGCAUUUGGCAGUCUUAGUGAGACCGAGAAGAAAGCACGGAUUAAAAGGACCAAUGGUGUUUUUGAGCUGCGAGUUUCGAAAGAUGGAAAGGAAGCCGUAUGGACGGUUGAUCUCAAGAAAGAGGGCACUGUCAAGAAGGGACCAGCCGCCGGAAAGCCAGACGUCGCUAUUAUCUUGUCGGAAACCUUCACUCAGCUGGCAACGGGAAAGCUCAGCGGUCAAAAAGCAUUCAUGACAGGAAAUCUGAAGGCGAACCAAAGUAUCGACCCACUUACGACAUACCACAAUGCGAUACACCAUGUAGGUAAUAUGAUGCUCGCUCUCAAACUCGAGGACGUUCUCAAGCUCGCUAAGCCCAAGGCUAAGCUCUAA